AUGGGCUCUAUCGUAGAUACCGUCACCUCCGGUCCAGCUUUGGACUUGACGGUUCUGGGCAUGAACAGCGGAACAUCUAUGGAUGGUGUAGACUGUGUUCUAUGUCGAUUUAGACAGAACGACCCAACGCAGCCCGUCAGCUUAGAGCUGCUGAAAUAUGGAGAGACGCCGCUCAACCCGGAAAUUAAGAAGAGGGUGAUGAAUAUGAUUCUUCACAACUCUACUUCACCAGAGGAAAUCGCAGAGAUUAAUGUUAUUCUUGGAGAGACGUUUGCAAAAGCUGCGUUGGAAUUCAUCAAAACGAAUAAUAUUGAUAAGUCUUCAAUAGACAUUAUCGGUUCUCACGGCCAAACAAUUUGGCAUAUCCCUCAUCCAAAGAACCAAGUCCGGACGACGCUCAGCAUGGGUGAAGGAGCGGUCAUUGCGGCUCGUACAGGAAUUACUACAGUGACUGAUUUCCGUGUCAGUGAGGUUGCUGUUGGUCGACAGGGAGCUCCGCUUGUUGCUUUCUUCGACGCAUUGCUGCUGCACCAUCCUACCAAGCUGAGAGCCUGUCAGAAUAUCGGGGGCAUAGCCAACGUGUGCUUCAUUCCUCCAGAUACCAACGGCGCUUUGGAUGACGGAUUCUUUGACUUUGAUACCGGCCCUGGAAACGUCUACAUUGAUGCCGCCGUUCGCCAUUACACUGGUGGCGAGCGAGAAUACGAUAAGGAUGGCGAAAUGGGCAAGCGAGGAAAAGUGGAUGAGGAGAUUGUGGACGAGUUCAUUUCUUCUCACCCGUACUUCCAGAGAUCCAUUCCCAAGACAACGGGCCGCGAAGAUUUCCGUGAUACGUUGGCACUAGAAUUAAUUUCUAAAGCUGAAGCAAAGGGUCUUUCGCCAGACGACGUGGUUGCGACCAUUACGAGAAUUACAGCCCAGUCCAUAGUGGACCACUACAGAUGCUUCGCGCCGUCACAGGAUAUUGACGAGAUAUUCCUCUGCGGUGGCGGUGCUUAUAACCCAAACAUUGUGGACUUUAUCCAAAAAAGCUAUCCCACAACGAGGAUACACAUGCUUGAUGCGGCUGGGAUUCCGGCUGGUGCCAAGGAGGCCAUUACCUUUGCCUGGCAGGCAAUGGACGCAAUCGUGGGUCGACCUGUUCCAGUGCCAGAUCGGGUCGAAACAAGAAAAGAGCAGAUUCUUGGGAAGGUAUCUCCCGGAGAUAAUUAUCGGCAACUGAUGCAUACGGCGAUGCAGUUUGGGGCGGGGGCGAAGCUGGGGCCGGUGAGGGAUUUGAUCAAUAUUGUGGAUGGCGAAGUGAUGGACAACAAGUGGUGA